AUGGCCACCGCAACGCAAACGCGGACUGUGCCUGCAGGCGAAGCCGUUCAGAACUCCACUGCCACCAGUGACUCGGACUUUGCGCGCGCCAACCUCACCUCAAAGUUGCCCAAGGAUCUGCAAGGGAACCCAAUCCCCCGCUCCAAACAUUGGGGUUAUGACUUGACGCUGCUCCGACGUCGACCAGACCUCGUCAACAUUGUGCUGGUGGCAGGCUUCACGCUGUUCAACACCUCUGCCUUUGCCCACGACCUUUACGACGACCUCACCGCACGCUUCGGUUCCUUCCAGCUGCGCUUCUUCGGUACCUGGAUCAUCACCACUGCCGUCCUUUGGGGACUGUCGGCGUUGUAUGCCUACGCGGAUCUGACUCGUCGGCCGCAAUGGCUGUGGAAAUACAAGGUGCAGCCGUUUGUGCGGGUCAGCGGCGCCGAGUACAGGAAGAUCGCCCUGGGUGCUCUGCGCAAUCUCGUAUUCGUCUCGACCCCCGUCACGCUGGCCGGUGCGAUUCUGCUGCCAAGUCCGACCACGUCCGACCAGCUUCCCGGUCCGUUGCGCAUUGUUGCCACGAUUCUCUUUGAUGUACUGUGCACCGAGGUGGGCUUUUUCUACAUCCACCGCUGGUUCCACUCACCCUCGAUGUACGCCCGCUUCCACAAGCAGCACCACGAGUACACCGCCCCCGUCGCUCUCGCUGCUACGUACUGCACCAUGACCGAGCACCUCUUCUCCAACCUGCUGCCCAACGUGCUAGGCGCCCUCAUCGUGCCUCACCACUGGAGUCAGUACGUCUUCACCUUCGUCUUUCUCGAAGUUGGAACCAUCCAGGCCCAUUCGGGCUACUACAUCCCCGGCUUCCACAGUCCACUCCAGCACGACUUCCACCAUUUCGCCUUCACCGAGAACUUCGGUCCCAUUGGAGUGAUGGAUGCGCUCCACGGGACGAAUCUUCGAUACCGCAAGACGCUCGCCGAGGCCAAGAGACAGAACAAUGGCGACGAGGUGCUGGCGCGCUUGGAGGUGCUUUCGUUCCUGGCCAAGGCCGAGGUGGACGAGAUGCAGGCGAUCAAGGCGCAGACUCGGAAGGCUUUGUAA